AUGGAAAAUGAUUCACAAGUCCUUGUUCCUAUAAAGGCGAUUCCACUUCGUCAAAUACCACCUCAAAGAAACCUCUUGGACGAACAAGAGAUGUCAAGCCCUCAAGCACCACCACCUUCUUGGGAUAGUCCUCCAAAACUAUCCUCCUUGAAGACAAAGAAGAAACUUCUUCCCUACCUUGAAGCAGCCGACCUGGAGACAUCUAGCCAAGCCGCAUCUUACAGAGAAGAACACCUUCUAGCCACGCCAGAAGAGGAGAUUAACCCUGAGAUGAUUGAGUUCGUGAAGAGAGAUCAAUUCCAUCAUCUGUUUUCAGAGUAUGCGCUAGAGCAUCUGGAUCACUUUGAUAAUCUUUGUGAUUCCUAUGGAGUCUUUGACUUUGAGAAGAAGAUGAUGCUAUUCAGCACAUCACUAGCUGGACCAGCACUAGAUUGGGCGCAGCAUGAGCCACUCUCUACAAUCGAGUCAUGGAUCGAUUUUAGAGAAGCCUUCUUGAAGAGAUUUGCAAGGCUACCACCUUUCAAGUCCAAGUACAAUCACUACUCUCAUCAGCUGGAGAGAGAGCGUGAAGAAGAAGAAUGGGGAGGCAUACCACCCCAUCUAAUCACAAGAGCUAAUCAGCUGGAGAGAGAGCGUGAAGAAGAAGAAUGGGGAGGCAUACCACCCCAUCUGAAGUGA